UUUCACUCAAUCAAAUAGAAAAUUUCCCUUUCAAAUUUUGAACGCACUUCAUUUGUUUUCGAUUUAUCAUUUUUUCAACUGUUUACCGGUUUUACGUAAAUAAAUUAAUAAUUUUGCAAAAUGCAACGACAGAUGAGAUUCUCCGAGAGGAAGCGUAAGAUCCAGCUGGAGAGCUACAGGAACAUGAUAUUGACGGUGAAGCCGCGUGUGGAUGAUAUUUCACCCAAACUCAAUAUUCGCGAUGUGCUGCGCGCAUCGAAAUUGCGCGACGACUGUAACGCCUUCGAUCGUAUACGACGCAUGAACAACGAGCUUUUGCGUAGCGUCAAUAUGAUAUCACGCAUUGGUGGACAAUUGGACACGUUUCGUGAGACGCGUAUGGGUCACACGCCGAAGUCGCGCAUACCCUUGCUGCUGCUACGUAACCGCUACAUCGAAAAGGAUAAUGCCAAAUUUGGACAAAUGCUGAAGACGGUUGGCACCACACUGGAUACGCAUGUUGCGCCACAUUUGUUGCGACAGGAGCGUAAGAACUCUAUAGAGUUUGUGGUACCCGCGCAGAUCUUGGCCAAAUAUAGUCAACUGCAAAUGCCACCCUACUCACAGUUGCGUCGUCUGUUGCGACCCGUUAUCUACUUCGAUUUCUACGUGAAAGGUCUGCGUCCGGCUGGACGCAUCACCAUACAAUUAUACACGGAGGCAUGUCCGCAAGUGGUGUUGGCUUUUGUACGCGCCUGUCGCAAUAAGGAAAAAAAUCGUAUACUGGUGAAUCGUCUAUUUCCCGGCCUUUGGCUGGAUUGUUGUCUACUGAUACCGCAAGAGCAGAAAAUCAAACCGAAACGCAUUGAGUAUGAUAUGCGUGCACUGGAUCAUAAUCUGCCAGGUACUCUAGCCUUCUCGCUAGAGAAUCAGGAUGCUCUACAUAAGGACGCUUUGAAGUUCACCAUAAGUCUCAAGCCAUUGCAGGUGUUGAAUGGCAAGCGUGUCGCUUUCGGUGUGGCCAGCAGUGGCACGAAGGUGUUGGACUCAAUGCAAGUCUUUGGCAUGAAGAAGAGCGGCAAGCUGACGAAAAGCAUCAUAAUUAGCGAUAUGGGUUUGUUGGUUUAGUGGUUGUGAGUGUACAUAUUUAUUUCUAGAAUAUUUAUUUUUUGCUUUUUAUGUAAAUUAUUUGUAAAAACUUGAAAAUUCAGUGCAGUGGCGAAAGCCAUAAUAAAAAGUAAGAAAGUGUA